AUGAAUGACUCUCCAGGUGGCCUCCUGCAGCUCAUAGCCUUCAACAAUCUUUCUGACGAGGGCCGCGCAAUCUUCCUCCCGGCCACAGGUCGUAACUUCAGUGAUGUUGAGAGGUUUGCUGUUCUCCAGACCAGGACUUCUUUGCAUAGCUCCUUACUUUUACCGUCGGUCCACAGCACGGAAGGGCCCUGGGCCAAUCCAGAGCCUGAGACGCUGUUGCUCUUUUGGAGGCUUCUUGCUGGGCAUUGUGACGAACUGGUUCCUCCCUCAGAGGCUACAGGUGAAGUCGCAGAGCGCUCUGCGACUCUGAGAUUGUCCAGGCUGGCCAUCCUCCUGGUCUUCAAGCCUUGCUUCCCAACACCCAUCCGGAUCUGUGGCUGGCACAUCUGCAACAUCCAGGGUCUCUUCCUGAAGCGACAGCCUGAGGUCUGCGUGCUCUAUGCCAAGAUGUUGAAGGAGAACUUCCUCUCCUUCAACAAGAUCAUCGGCUAUCUGCAGACGCUCCCCGAGCUUUGGGAGAAGCUGAAGGCAGCGUAUGUGGCACACUCCACGGCCGUGCUUCGGGAGACCCUAGGCUCAGCCACCUGGUUCGCGCAGUGGACCAUCGGCAAAGAGGGGUACAGGGACUUGGAAGAGGACCUCAAGGCCCGGACCUUCACGGGAUUAGUAGCCAUGGUCGACGGCCUCUACCGCGCGCAUCGUCUUCACAAGGCCCCAGUUCCGGGAAGAUCCUCGGCCGACUGUUGCAAAGGAGAGAAUGACUUAUAA